GCCUGAGUUGCAACCGACCUCACGCAUUCACCGCCGGCACUCCUGAGGUCUCUAUCGCGCCUGCAAACCCCCUACGCGUAUAAGCCACCAUUGAGUCCUCAACAUUCUCGACUCCAACACCACUCUGAGGCCUCUGUCACGCCCAAACUCCCUGCCACGCCUGCACACCACCCUUGCGCCCUCGUUCCCGCAGCACCAACACCAUCAUGAUCGUCCUCAUCCGCAAAGACCCCGCCGUCUCCACCCUUCCCUCCAACCCCUCACCACCUCAAGACCAAACCUCCACCUGCCGCCUCCUCGCCCUUCCCCCCGAAAUCCGAAACCAAAUCUGGCACGACGUGCUCGUCCAAAACCUCCACCCCCGCCUACCCCUCCACCACUUCCCAGCAGUGGAAGCCAGCGUGCGCGGCCCCACCCGCUUCUGCGCUCGCAUCCUUCGCACAUGUCGCCAAAUCCACGCGGAGACAACGCCCAUCCUGUACGGCGAGAACGUCUUCUGGGCCCACCCAACCCUGCUAGCCACAAUGCCGAAAUUCCUCCUCAUCGCGCGCCCCAACCGCGUCACCCUCCCCAGCCCCAUCGUGGAGCCGCGCGUGCGCAAACUCAUCAAGCGGUACUUCAUCUUCGUGCGCCUGGACAUCGACCCGCGGUACUCCAAAACGCAAGUGGAGGAGAGUUUCAAUGGGGUCGAGGCGCUGCAUAUCGAGGUCUUUCAGGCGAUGUAUGGGAGUUGCGAUUUUGCUGUGCUGAAGUUGUUUGAGGGGGUGAGGGGGGUGGGGAAGGUGACGUUGGAGGGGAGCUUGGGGGAUAGGCGGUAUGCGGAGUGGUUGGCGCAGACGAUGGAGUUGCCAAUGGGCGAGGAAGCGAGGCCUUUCUCUGAGGAAUACGUUGGGGGGAUGAAGGAGUGGAGUGCAUGGCAGAGAGGUGUGAGGUAAUAGUGGGCAAUCGUGCGCAGGAACUAGACAUCAUGGAAGCGGCUUCAUCCACAAAUUCCAUUGCGAGAUCAGCCAUUGAGGCUGCUCGAUGCACAAGCCCACGCUUUCCCUGCGAAGACUCGGCAGCCAUCAUGGCACAUAAAGUCUCCCUCAUCCUCCUUCCUCGUCUCCAGCGAGAGGAGCAUGUAGCACAUAACCCGCCACUAGGGCAUGGCAUUGACGAACAACAGCAAAUCCGCCACCCUUCCCUCCAU